AUGAGCGCCAGCGCGAGUGCGAGUGCGAGUGCGAGUGCGAGACCAAGCAGCAGCGAUGUAGCCGAGCAGUGUGCACGUCACGUGCUGCACGAGCUGAUCAGCACGGAGCAGCAGUAUGUGGAGGAUCUGGUCAGCGGAAUUGAGCGCUAUAGCCAAAUCUUUAGUCCGCUGCCGUCGCUGCCCGUCGGUUUGGUCGGUCAGCAGCAUGUCCUGCUGCCGUAUGUUACACAGAUUGUCAAACUGCAUAGAUAUAAACUUUUGCCGCUGAUGCUGCAGCAUCGGCAUCAGCUGGAGCUGCUCUUUGAGCGUUGGUAUGCGCUCAUCGAUCAGGAUUUUUUCAAUUGUUACGUGCUCUUUGCGGCUAGCCAGCGCGCCAGUCUGCAGCUCUAUUACAAGCAUGAGCUCUAUUUUAAGCAGCGUCUGCAAAUCCAGUUGGGCGAUCCGCUGGGCAUACGCAGCUUCCUGCUGAAGCCCGUGCAGCGUGUUACCAAAUAUCCGCUGCUGUUGAGCAGAUUCAUCCAGGCAUUCUACGAGCAUCGCCAGCUGAUCUCGAAGCGCGUCUUUGAGGUGGCCUGCCGCCUGGAGACGCGGCUGCGCGAGCUGCUGGAGCGGGCCAAUCAGUCGGAUCAGCUCAAUGAUAUCAAGCACUUCAAUGCGCUCAGCAUACUCAACGAGGCUAGCUUCAUUACGGUGGGCGAGUUCCAGCUGAACGAUGGCCGGCUGCGGCGCAGCUACAGCUGCAAAUUGUUUGCAUUCAACACCUGCCUUAUCUACACGGAGUCGAAGGGGCGCAAACAGCUGUUGCGCGGCAAUUUUCUGCUGCCCGAUGUUUGCUUUGUGGCGCUGUCCAAGUCCUUUCUGUUGUGCAACAAGCAGCGCGAAUGCGAGUUCCUUUGCCAGCCCGCCGUGCUCCAGAAAUGGGAGACGAUCGUCCGUCAGCUGCUCGACCAGGAGCCGGGCCCGGCGUCAAUCGAUCGGAGCGGACAGCACGUGCAGCAGCAGCAGCGCGAUGCCAUCAGUCGCACCACCUGGUACGCCCUGCACUGACAAGGAUUCCCUGGCCCUCCCCCCUCCCCCCACCCACUCUCACUCCCUCUCGAAUUGUGAUAUGAGCUUUGGUUUGAACUGCAUCGAAUCGGACAAUAAUAGCGAACUUUUGAGCGACAGCAAAUAAAAGCUUUCAAGUC